UAAUGAUAAUGGCAUCCAAUUAGUGAAGGAGGGAGUAAUAAUUGUGAAUAAAGUUGUAGGAGGUAUGUAUAUAAAAGCAGAGCAUUGAGAUGCCUUUCUUUGGGCUCGGGCUUCUUAUUUCAGAAUUCAGAAAUGAUGGCUCCCACCGCCAUCUAUCGCAGCCAAUCGCUCUUUCAAGCUCUCAUCGCCGCUGGCCUUGUUGCUGUUGUCAUUUGGUUCGCCACCAAGCCUUUCUCCACGUUGGUGUCCGAGCAAAGAUUCCCCGCCGGCGAUAGCAGCUACGACUCGCCGGAGAAGACUUUCUACGACGACCCAGAGCUCAGUUACACCAUAGACAGACCCAUCGCUGACUGGGACAGGAAGAGGAUCGAGUGGCUCAAGCUCCACCCCUCCCUCGCACACGGGGUGAGGAACCGUAUCCUCGUCCUCACCGGAUCGCAGCCCGGCCCUUGCAAGAGCCCCGUCGGCGAUCACCUCCUCCUCCGGCUCUUCAAGAAUAAGGUGGACUACUGCAGAAUCCACGGCUACGAAGUGUUCUACAGCAAUGCCUUCUUGGAGCCGGAAAUGCGUUCUUUUUGGGCCAAGAUACCUUUGGUCCGGGCCGCGAUGGUGGCCCAUCCGGAAACAGAGUGGGUCCUGUGGAUCGACUCCGACGCCAUCUUCACGGACAUGGAUUUCAAGAUUCCUCUGGAUAAGUACAGAGACCAUAACCUGGUAGUCCACGGUUGGCCGGAGAUGGUGAAGAAGAAGAAGAGCUGGGUCUCGGUCAACGCCGGGAUUUUCCUGAUUAGAAACUGCCAGUGGUCAAUGGGGUUUUUGGAUCUAUGGGCCUCGAUGGGCCCACAGACUCCGGAGUUCCAAAGGUGGGGCCAGAUCCAGAGGUCGACGCUGACGGACAAGAUGUUCCCGGAAUCGGACGAUCAGUCGGCGCUGGUGUACCUCUUGCUGACGGCGGGGAAGAAUUGGACGGCCAGGAUUUACGUGGAGAACGAGUACUCCCUGCACGGGUACUGGGUCGGGGUGGUGGGGAGGCUGGAGAACGUGACGGAGAAGUACGCUGAGAUCGGGAGGAGGGAGCGGCGGCUGCGGCGGAGGCACGCGGAGGCCGAGAGCGAGAGGUACGCGGCGGCGUGGGAGGCGCACGUGGCGGAGGGCGGGGAUGGGAGGGGCGGGUGGAGGCGGCCCUUCGUGACGCACUUCGCGGGGUGUCAGCCGUGCAGCGGGGACCACAACCCCGAAUACGGCGGGGAUUCUUGCUUGGUCGGGAUGGAAAGGGCGAUCAAUUUUGCGGACAAUCAAGUCCUUAGGAAUUUCGGGUUCGCGCAUGGGGACCUCCAGACGCCUUCCCCUCUCGUGCGGCUGCCGCCGCCCUACGACGGUGAUGAUCCUCUCCAUCCAGAGCCCAAACAGUAGGGAUAGUGACAAGGGGAAUGAAAUCACGAUGAUUAUCUAAAGAGUACGGUUGGGUACGACUGUUACGAGAAUAACUUUAUUAUUGAAAAAAAGAAUUACUCUUCCUUAUUCAAUGAAAUGGAAUUCCGGUA